UAACAAGUGCUUUCUGGCUCUCUUCAUGCUUCGAUUGCAUUUCAGAACAAUUUUGUUAUACUAUAACCUCCUAAACUUCCAGGAAUUACAAAUUAUUGCUCCCAAACUAAGCUUCCAAUUUCCAAAGCGUCAGGGAUAGCUAGUGCUACUUUUCAUAAUGGAUAGAUCGCUUCCUGGAUCAAAAUCUUAAUGCCUGCUUCAGUCUUCAUGUGAACAACAGCUGGGCCGGUUUUAAAUCUUAAAAUGGGGGAGAUAAAUAAAAGGCAAAAUGAUUGGGACUCCUCUAAAGGUUCGCGAGAACCUAUAAAAACUGUAGAGGAUAAAUGGAAAUUAGUGCCAUCUUUUCUACAAGUAAAGGGAUUAGUAAAACAGCACAUUGAUUCCUUUAACUAUUUUAUAAAUGUUGAAAUAAAGAAAAUAGUUCAAGCUAAUGAAAAAGUGUUUUGUGAUGCUGACCCAUUAUUUUACAUUAAAUACCUCAAUGCGUAUGUUGGGACGCCAGAUUUAGAAGAAGGUUACAAUGUUACUAAGCCCACAACUCCACACGAGUGUAGGCUUAGAGACAUGACAUAUUCAGCACCAAUAACAGUAGACAUAGAGUACAUUCGAGGCAACCAACGGGUCAUCAAGAACAAACAGCUUAUUGGCAGAAUGCCACUGAUGUUGAGGUCUUCUAAUUGUGUUCUGACCAAUAAGUCUGACUUUGAGCUAGCACAGCUGAAUGAAUGUCCACAUGACCCAGGCGGUUAUUUUAUUAUCAGAGGACAAGAAAAAGUGAUAUUGAUCCAAGAACAGCUGUCCAGGAACAGGAUGAUUGUUGAUGAAUUCAUGGGAGCUAUACAAUGCCAAGUUACCAGUUCUACUCAUGAAAAGAAAACUAGAACUAAUGUUAUAGUGAAGAAUGGCAAAUAUGUAUUGAGACAUAAUGCUUUAUCUGAUGAUAUUCCUAUUGCUGUUGCCUUCAAAGCUAUGGGUAUCUGUAGUGACCAAGAAAUUAUGCAACUUAUUGGCACUGAUGAUACUUCACUGAAGAAGAUGGCUCCUUGCAUUAUGGAUUGUCAUAAUUUAAAAAUAUUUACCCAAAAUCAAGCUCUCGCCUACAUUGGAAGUAAAUUGAAGGUCAAAAGGUUUCAGUCAGGCAAUGCCAAAGUCCGCACUCCUGUUGAUGAAGCCAGGGAUCUUCUAGCAACAACUAUCCUAGCACAUGUUGCUGUUGAAAACUUCAAUUUCUAUGUAAAAGCUAUUUAUCUAGCUAUAAUGGUAAAAAGGGUUAUUGAAGCUGAAACCAAUAAGGCUGCUAUAGAUGAUCCUGAUUACUAUGGAAACAAGAGACUUGAGCUUGCCGGCUCUUUACUAGCUUUAAUGUUUGAAGAUCUGUUCAAAAGGUUCAAUUGGGAAUUGAAAUCAAUUGCAGACAAAAUAAUACCUAAAGUCAAAGCUGCGCCAUUUGAUGUUGUUAAACAUAUGAGACCAGAUUUGAUUGCUAAUGGUCUGUUUGCUGCUAUUUCUUCUGGUAACUGGACGAUUAAAAGAUUCAAAAUGGAGAGGCAUGGAGUAACUCAAGUGCUGAGUCGCCUUAGUUACAUAUCAGCUUUGGGUAUGAUGACCAGAGUGAAUUCUCAAUUUGAAAAGACGAGGAAGGUAUCAGGGCCGCGAUCUCUGCAACCUUCCCAGUGGGGCAUGUUGUGUCCUUCUGAUACUCCUGAAGGUGAAGCCUGCGGUCUUGUGAAGAACUUGGCACUGAUGACUCACAUCACUACUGAGUGUUCCGAAGAACCGAUUGCGAGGCUAGCGCGUAAUGCAGGCGUUGAAGACGUUAGACUAUUAGGCGGCGAGGAAAUUAACCACCCAGCUGUGUACAUGGUGUUCCUUAAUGGUAAUAUUCUUGGAGUUUCAAGGCAAUACAAAAGGCUUAUAAAGGUUUUUAGAAUGUUCCGACGACGUGGCCUCAUAUCGGCCUUCGUUUCAAUUUACCCUAAUCACAAUCAGAGGACUGUCUACAUUUGCAGCGACGGCGGAAGGCUCUGCCGACCAUAUAUCAUUGUAGAAAAGGGUUAUCCACUAGUACAACAAUUCCAUAUAAAUGAGUUGAAUAGAGGAAUUAGAAAGUUCCAAGACUUUCUCAAUGAUGGACUGAUAGAGUACUUAGACGUGAAUGAGGAGAAUGACAGCCACAUAGCUACCGUUGAAGCAGAGAUAGAUCCAUAUGUCACCACGCAUUUAGAAAUUGAGCCAUUCACCAUCCUCGGCGUUUGUGCUGGCCUUGUCCCUUACCCGCAUCACAAUCAGAGUCCUAGGAAUACCUACCAAUGUGCUAUGGGUAAACAGGCAAUGGGUACAAUUGGCUACAAUCAGAAAAACAGAAUAGAUACGCUUAUGUACAACUUAGUAUACCCACAAUGUCCGAUGGUUAAGACGAGAACAAUCGAGUUGACCAAUUUUGACAAACUGCCGGCUGGGCAGAACGCCACAGUAGCCGUCAUGAGUUACAGCGGCUACGAUAUUGAGGACGCGUUGAUUCUGAACCGAGCGUCCAUCGACCGCGGGUAUGGCCGGUGCCUUGUCUACAAAAGCGCCAAGACCACUAUGAAGAGAUACAGCAAUCAAACCUCCGAUAGGAUUUUGGGCCCUUCGAGAGACGCAACUACAGGAAAAGUUAUUAGAGCACAUGAAAUUCUUGAUACUGAUGGCAUAGCUGCACCCGGCGAAAUGGUUGAGAAUAGACAAGUUUUAAUAAAUAAGCAGAUGCCACCAGCUACUUUAAGCACUGUUACGCAGGGGCAGCCACAACAGGUGGAUUACAAGGACGUUCCUAUCACCUACAAAGGUCCAGUCGAGUCUUACAUAGAAAAAGUUAUGGUGUCGUCAAACUCUGAAGAUGCAUUCCUCAUUAAAAUAUUGUUACGUCAAACGCGUAUUCCGGAGAUAGGCGACAAGUUUAGUUCCCGGCACGGGCAGAAAGGUGUGACUGGUUUGAUUGUGCAGCAAGAAGACAUGCCAUUUAAUGAUCGAGGCAUCUGUCCUGACAUGAUCAUGAACCCACAUGGUUUCCCAUCUAGAAUGACUGUCGGAAAAACCAUCGAACUGUUAGCAGGAAAAGCUGGCUUGAUGGAAGGGAAAUUUCACUAUGGCACUGCAUUCGGCGGUUCUAAGGUUCGCGAUGUAUGUCAGGAGUUAGAAAAACACGGAUACAACUAUCAUGGAAAGGAUAUAUUUUACUCUGGAUUAACUGGAGAGCCCUUGGAAGCUUAUAUUUAUUCUGGUCCUGUGUACUACCAGAAACUGAAGCACAUGGUACAGGACAAGAUGCACGCUCGCGCCCGCGGCCCGCGCGCCGUGCUCACGCGCCAGCCCACCGAGGGACGCUCGCGAGACGGCGGCCUGCGACUCGGGGAGAUGGAGCGGGACUGUCUCAUCGGAUAUGGCGCUAGUAUGUUGCUAAUGGAACGCCUCAUGCUUGCAUCGGACGCGUUCAGUGCUGACAUCUGCGGCGCAUGUGGUCGACUGGCGAGCCGCGCGUGGUGCCACGCCUGCCACUCGUCCGCCGCCGUCUCCAGCGUCGACAUGCCCUACGCCUGCAAGCUGCUCUUCCAAGAACUAGCCUCCAUGAAUAUCGUACCCAAGCUCACGUUGAAGAAAUAUUGCUAGCUUGUAAGCUACUGUUAUUUUUUAUGUUUGUAUUUCUAUGUUAAUUGCUAAGUGCUAAUAAAAUAAGCGUUAAAAUUA